GUUUUGGAGCAGGAAGUGAAAGGGGAAGAGAGAAGCUGUGGUAGCAGGCAGCAGCAGCAGCAGGCAAGACUUCACACUAAGUGACAAAUCGACCUUCCAGUGGCAGAUAACCCGCCUCGUCGAGUCACCACACGGUUCGUCAGUGUUCGCGCGAAGGAAGAGUCAUUUUUUUAUAAGAAUUUGACACGAGGCACUGUCAAGUAAACGCAGGCUAACGAGCGAGCCGUCGAGCUAGCUCCCUAACGUAACGUCUAGUUAGCCCCCGACGCUAACUGCCCUGAGGAAUCACAGCUCGUCUGCCCGCAGCCUGGUCCGCGACCGUCGGCACGUCUCCGCUCCGCCGAGCCGCAAACUGAGACUUUGGAAAAAUGACAUCCAGGAAGAAAGUGCUCUUGAAAGUCAUCAUCCUGGGAGAUUCUGGUGUUGGAAAAACCUCCCUGAUGAACCAGUAUGUGAACAAGAAGUUCAGCAACCAGUACAAAGCGACGAUAGGAGCGGACUUCCUCACGAAGGAAGUGAUGGUGGAUGACCGACUCGUUACAAUGCAGAUUUGGGACACCGCUGGCCAGGAGAGGUUCCAGUCCUUGGGUGUUGCGUUCUACCGUGGAGCAGACUGCUGUGUGCUGGUGUUUGAUGUGACCGCACCAAACACUUUCAAGACACUUGACAGCUGGAGGGAUGAGUUCCUGAUCCAGGCCAGCCCCCGAGAUCCUGAGAACUUCCCCUUUGUGGUGCUAGGCAACAAGAUCGACUUGGAGAAUAGACAGGUAACCACCAAAAGGGCCCAGGCUUGGUGUCAGAGUAAGAACAACAUCCCCUACUUUGAGACCAGUGCCAAAGAAGCCAUUAACGUAGAACAGGCAUUCCAGACUAUUGCACGUAACGCCCUCAAACAGGAGACAGAGGUGGAGUUGUAUAAUGAAUUCCCUGAGCCCAUCAAACUGGAUAGGAACGACAGAGCUAAACCUUCAGCAGAAAGCUGCAGUUGCUGAAGGACAACUUGGACCAUCUUCUCUCUCUUGGCUUUCUGAACCACCCCGUCACCGGUUACAUCACCUGCACCUUGCUCCGAGGGAAAGAACUUCCCUGCUGGUCUUCCUCCUUCACACCACUAUUCAUUCUGUCAAAACAUCCCCUCACGACGUACGCUGCACAUGGAUGUACCCCACGCUCAUCCCCACUUAGUACACAAAUUAAUACACUAGCGUACUCUCGUAAAAUACGCAGUCAAAUCUAGUGCCCAAAGAUCACACGAGAAAGAAUGACACACCCUCUGACCUCGCGGUCCCUGACUCGAUUGUGAGUGAUCUCCUGUCCUGCCUGCCCACCUGUCUGACUGUGGCCCCCGAUUCUCACACAGAGGGGCCAGAUGGAGCCAUGUUCACAGAUUGAUCUCUGGAUGGAUCGACUGACGCUCUGUAAUGUGAGAAGAUGUUGGCUAAUGUCAGCAUUCCAAAUUUUUUUGGGCUACAUCUGCUACAACACAGCUUUUGGUCAAAUUCAACGAAUGAUCCUUUACGCUCAUUUUCCUUGACAAAUAUACCCUGAGGAUUUUUCAUACAGUUUGGUGAUUGUAUUACCUUCUCCCUUCAAGGUUGUGUGUAGAUGGGUUGAUAACUGCCUCAGGGUGCAGAUGAAAUGCUCCUUAAAAUACAUCAAGUAACAGCUGUUGAUGCAGUCACAGUGUAAAACAUGGAAUCAUUCUUAAUAUAUUAAUAUUUGCCUUUUAUGUAACAUUACUUGUACUGCUACUAUUACUGCUGUAUGUAUUACGUCCUUCAUCAGACAUCUUUCAAUGCUAUGGAAUUACAGUGCGUGUCACCAACACAGCAUACAUCUGCCUUCUGUCUUUGUUCUUGCUGUUCCCUCUAUCUGCUUGUAGCUCAGGUUGGCUAAGUACUUAAUAUUUUAAUGGAUUGUGUAUUACGAUGUAUAGACAAUAAAGGUAAAAGGCUGAUGGAUUGAACAGAAAUCAACGUUCUCUUUCCAUUUAAAGAAAAGAUCCAACUUUUUGCCCUGAUAUUACUCCUCCUUAUUGAAGAAAAUCACUGCGAUGCCAAUGAUGUUGUCAAACAAAUUGGGAUGUCAAAUAAUAAAACUCUUGAAUAUA